UAUCUGGGCUAGCCAGUGUGUCACGCUGUUCGAGCCACAACCGCUCCUGCCCCCAAGUUUGUAGCACUAUGUAAAGGCGCCCAGUCCACCAGAAUGACUCGAGAUGUGGCAGCAGACUCAGGAUUGCGAGGUCGUUGGUGUGCUCAUAUUGUGGAAAAAACGCCGAACUGUCUCCGUUGACCUAUUUUUGGUAGAACGUAGCAAAGGGCACGUCAGCUUCCCCGCGCCACUAGUUUUUACUUGUUUGUUUUUAUAAUUCGUUACUUGCUGCUAUUAGUACCUUGACCUGAACCAUGGCCACUUCGAAGGGUAAAAUUGCCAUUGGUCUGUGUGUCACGGGACUUUUGAUGACGGUUUUUGGCAUCGUCCUAAUGUUUGUUGGACCUACUGUGGUGAACCAGCAAGUUGUUAAGAACGUUCAGAUCAACCCCAACAAUGAGCUGUCUUACACCAUGUGGAGAGACAUUCCAGUCCCUUUCUUUAUGUCCAUCUAUUUUUUUGAUGUCCUCAAUCCUGAAGAGAUCUUGAUGGGAGAGAAGCCAAUGGUACAACAGCGGGGGCCUUACGUUUACAGAGAGUUCCGUCAGAAAACCAACAUAACAUUUCACAGUAACAAUACAGUCUCGUAUCGGGAGUACCGCAAAUACCAUUUUUUUAGGAACAUGUCUGUUGGAAAUGAGUCUGAUGAGGUCACUCAGCCAAAUAUGCUGGCAUUGGGAGCAGCUGUAAUGAUGGAAGACCAACCUGACUGGAUGAAGAUAAUUAUGACUAUCACAUUUAAUCAGCUCAAUGUGAAGCCAUUUCUGAAACUAAGAGUGGAGGAUCUUCUGUGGGGCUACGAUGAUCCCCUUGUUGAUUUCCUAAACAAGUGGUUUCCAGGCACAAUUCCUUUCUCUGGAAAGUUUGGGCUAUUUGCUGAUUUCAACAACUCCAACACGGGUUUGUUCACAGUUCACACUGGAGCAGAUGACAUCAGAAAAGUCCACAUGGUGGAUUCAUGGAAUGGACUGAAGAAGGUGAGUUACUGGAAUUCAGAUCAAUGUAACAUGAUUAAUGGUACAGCAGGACAGAUGUGGCCCCCUUUCAUGACACCUGAAAGCACUCUUCCAUUCUACAGUCCUGAUGCCUGCAGGUCAAUGGAACUGGUCUAUGAAAAACCUGGAGAGGUAUCCAGGAUUCCAGUAUAUCGUUUCAUUGCCCCAAAAACGUUAUUUGCCAAUGGAACUGUCUAUCCCCCAAAUGAGGGUUUCUGCCCAUGCAGGGAGUCUGGAAUACAGAACGUCAGCACAUGCCGUUACAGUUCUCCAACUUUCAUCUCCUCACCCCAUUUCUAUAAUGCUGAUCCAGUGUUGCUCCAAACAGUGGAUGGCCUAAGCCCUAAUGAGGAGGAGCACGGGCUGUUCAUUGAUAUCCAUCCGAUGACUGGCAUUCCCAUGAACUGCUCAAUCCGACUGCAGCUAAGCUUGUAUAUAAAGAAAGUCAGUGGCAUUAGUUUGACAGCUAACAUUGCACCUGUUGUCCUUCCUAUGAUCUGGUUUGCUGAGAGUGGUUACAUUGAUGGACCAGUCCUGACAACCUUCUAUAACAACUUGGUGCUCAUUCCAUUUAUUUUGAAAUUUCUUCAGUACAUGCUGCCUGUAGUUGGCAUCCUGCUACUAGUCAUCUCUUUGAUUCUGGGACUCUAUGAUAAGGUCUUUAGUUGUAAUUUAAACCACUCGAGUGCAAAUGAGCCAAAACAGGUCGAAAGCAACAGCCCAAGUGAGAAGCUUACAAACAAUGCAGUGAUACAUGAAGUCCAUUUCUAGAUGGAAAGAACACUCGCUCUGGAUAGCACCCUCAAGAUUCUUCCUGGAGACAGUUGGGAGAGAUAAAUGAGCACUCUGGCAGUGUCAUAUUUUGUGAAAGCAGAUCCAGAACAUUGCCUUUUCUUAUUUAAUUACACGCUUGAAUAUAUGCAUUUAAGUGAAAUAAACAUUUGAUAAAAUAAUUGUUUUUCUUUAUUAUAAUCUUAUCUCUGAAAGAGGAUAAAACAUGCUGCAUGGUUUGGAGUUCUGAACCUCCAUUUUCCAUGUCUUUAUGUACAUUAAAUGUAAACUAGUGUUUAGUCUGUGGUCAAGUUUACCAUUGGUUCUUUAAUUCAUUGUUUAGGCUAAAUGGUAAUGUGACAUACGUUCUAUUGAUGUGACCUAAAUUAAGUCGACAUAAUCGGCUAUCACAUAUUUGGGUUUUAUCUUUUAGCUAGAAACAAUAUUUGUAAAUUUCCUCCUGUCCAUAUAAUGGUGGAACUGUGCCCUAAAUGAAGAACUUAAGAUUAUUUUAUGAACAACAUCCCUGCCAUUUGGGUGCAAAGGAGAAGCCAAUUCAGACUGCUCACCAACAUGUUAUAGUGACAUUUGGAAGGACCUGCCAUGCUCAGUUUGCAUACAGGAGAAAGUGGAGUUCUGGAUGAAAUUCACAUGAACAUGCCAGGUGUUAACUUCAGCCAGAAAAUAAUGUGGAAUCUGCCAGGAAGAUUUUUUUUUUGUACUGAAAGGCUAUAAAGCACUUUUCAAUGAAAGUAGCAAAUUAAAGCAGAGAGGUUAUUAGGCUGUGGGAUACACAAUAGGCCUAUUUCCAUAGUUUUUAUUUUGAGCAACACGUUAUAUAAAAUGUAGUCAUCUUAACUUUGGCUUUACUUUGUCUAUUAAACUAAUUCUGCCAUAUUGCAACUUUUGUUGUCCAGAAAUUCAUCAAAGUUUAUCACAACUCUGAAGAUGAAGACACAGCACCAACAGAGAACUGCUCUUUUGCACUAAUUCACAAAACGUGUAAUACUAUCCUCUUGUGAGGAACCAAGUCUUCAGUCACACUUAAGAAUACAUCAAGGGAGCGUCUUAUGAUGUAACAGAUGUGUUCUGUGGAUUUUUGACUAGGCCGACCUUCCAGCUGGGGAGUCUAGAAUACUCAUACUUCACCAGAUGGCAUGAAAUGUAUUAACAUGAAAAACAAUUGCCAAAAAUGCUUAUAACAUGACUAAAAUGAAAACCAUCAAGCACUUAUUGUAUUGGGUAAGAAAGUUGCGUCUUCUACUGAUUACUGAGGCUGACACUGUUGUUUCUACUGAUAUUUAGGAUGGGGUUUUACCACCAUUAAAAUUAUAUGCAAAUACCUCCCCAUCAAUCUACAAUAUCUGUUUAAUGGAACUGAACAUGUAAAAUAUGGGAUUUUUAAUUCAUACCUCCAACCAAAAUAAAACUAUUUUUGGGAUACUAAAGGCAUUUCUGACAUUGCUUACCAACGCUGAGAAGGAAGAUUGACUUUCCAAUCGAGCACUGCCUGAGGAAAAUCUAAACAGUCUGCAAAUGUGUAAAGACUUCCUAUUCUCUGUAAAAAUCAGGCAGUGGAUUAUGUUCUCUCUCCUAACUGUAGAACGGACAAGCAGUGCACUUGUUGAAUGCUUGAAUGCCAUCUCUACAGAAUUACAGAAGUACUGUUUGGCAAAUGAGGAGCUGAGCCUAGAAACUGCAUAAAAAACACUACCACCUUGAACUCUGUCAUCAUAGUAGCUGGAUUAUAAAUGAAUGAUUACAAGCAUUAUCAGGCUUUUCAAACACAAGUUUAAGAGUGAGCUCAAAGAUGAAAGCGGGGCUCUGCAGUAUUAGGAUUUAAAAAACUUAAUUAAAAGGGACAGACCAUCCUGCACAAAUGCCACUUCCUUUAAUGUCUUACAGCAACACUUUAACCAGUCCAUGUUUGAAUCAAGCCUAAAAAGCAAAAAUUUAAUCAAUGAAGAGGAAUAGGUUUCAGUUGUGUUCUCAUUGCUUUAAAAUUAGAAAAUUCUACAUAUACAGAGUGUUUUAGGUAAAUAUUUUAUGAUUAAAUAUCACACAUGAAACCUGGCAUAUACUGUACUAUUAUUGUUAAUGAAGCUCUAGUGCAUGGUUUUUAGCCCUAUAGAGUGUGGACAUUUUCCAGCUCCUUUCCUAGGUUUAAUUCCAACUGCAAACUAAAUUCACGUAAUUACACUUGUUCGAGUUGUUGUUAGUGUUGGCAAGUUUACAUUGCACCUUUGAAGUGCUACACAUUCUCAACACAGCCCAUCUAAGCAGCUUUACAGACAUUAAGUAUUGCAAUCCACCAUUAAGUUCUCUGGAAAAACACACGGCUGCUAACUGUGCCAUACACUGCAUUAUUUUUGUCUGUCCCAACUGUUCAUAAUGUGGUGUAUAAUUAGGUAGAAACAUGUAAAGGAGACAUAGGUGGGCAUUGUGGUAGAGGAGACUGGCAGCCUUAUUGAAGAGAUUAGGGCCAGAGACACCAGUAGUUCCUUCAGCUCUCUAUGAACAAUGGUGCAUGCCACUACUCUUAGUAACACAUUUCACUAUUUUAUUGAAGCAAAAAACAAACAAAAAGGAAUUAGAAAAGCUGCAAAAAUAUGUUAAUUUGAAAGAGUAAAUCACUAGGAACCUAAUUAACCAAUCAAUGGAUGUACGUGAAGGAAAAAGUGCAGCUGGGACGCUAACAAAUACAAAACCAGGUCGGUUAGAUGACCAAAACACACCAUGAUGAGAGGAAAGGAGACCUCACAGAACACCAGGAAGAGGGGUAGUGAGAGCCCACCUAUCUGAAGAAAAAAAAUAAUCUAAAAUGUUACGAGCUACAUUGGGUCCCAGUGAGGCAAAUAAUGUACAAAUGGAAAGCACUUGACAUGGCCGCAACCUGAGCUAGAAGUGGAUGCACUUACAAAACCUCUCCAAGAUAAAGCACAUUAAAAAAUGGGUAGAAGUCAACCCAAACAAAAAUCUAGAGAAUUGCAGACCUCCAUGAUGAUGAUUCAAAAUGGAAUGUGUUGUAGGGUGGCCAGAAAGAAGCUUCUGUU